AAACAUUUCUUCACUGAGGGAAGUCCUGGACUCAGUAAUCCUGCUCCCUCCCCUCCCCUUCAGCUGAUUAUAUUGCCUGGCGUGGAGCAGUGCAGGACAAGCUGAGAAGACUGAACUCUGAGCAGCAUCAUGAAGCUCACUUUGGCUGCAGCUUUGGUAUUGUCACUUGCCUUUGUGUCACCAAUCCGCUGUCAGCUGGUGGUAAACUGCAGAUGGGGACCUUAUGGGGACUGGUCCGAGUGUGAUGGCUGCACCAGAACAAAGGUGCGAACUCGUCACGUGGAGGUCUUUGCUCAGUUCGGUGGGUUGCCAUGCUCAGGAGAAGCCACUCAAACACAAUCAUGUGUCCCACAGAAGACAUGUCCUCUGGAAACAGGCUGUGGAGGCAGAUUUCGCUGUACUUCUGGUCGGUGUAUCAGCCAGUCUCUGGUAUGUAACGGUGACCAUGACUGUGAGGAUGGACUGGAUGAGCGAAGCUGCAACCGAGAUGACAGCCAGUACUCGUGUGAUCUCCAGAAAACACCUCCUAACUCUGAUUUCACAGGCAGAGGGUACGACGUGCUAACAGGGAAACUGAAAGCAGGUGUAAUCAACACCCUGAGUUUUGGAGGACAAUGUAGAAAGGCCUAUAGCGGGGACCAUAGAAUGACGUAUCGACUGCCACAAAACAUCCUCAGAUACAGCUUUGAGGUGCAAGUAGACAAUGAAGAGAGUGAUGAGUCCUAUGACAGCUCCUGGUCGUACAUGCAGCACAUCCAGUCCAAUGCCUUGGUGGGACACGACCGUCGUACGUUUCAUGAAGAAAUUCAAAAUAAUAAGGCCCAUAGACUAAUAAUCCUCAAGAAUAAAGUGAAGCUGGCCCAGUUUCAAAACUCUGCCCCCCAGUAUCUGACUUUGUCUGAAAACUUCUGGAAGGCCUUGACCUCUCUGCCCCUCACAUACGAUUACUCAGCCUACCGCCAGCUCUUGCAGACUUAUGGAACACACUACCUCUCAGAGGGUUCGCUUGGAGGCGAAUACCAAGGCUUGUUGGAGUUGGAUCGUCAAGCACUCACAUCAUCUAGUACAACAGACAUAGAGUACCAGAGGUGCUGGAAAAAGGUGAAGCGCAUUCUCUUCUAUAAAAAAGUCAAGAUCACCUGCGAAAACAUUAAAAAAGCUUUGGAAUCCAGCUACAGCAAAAGCACAGACAAAAUGCCCAUUAAGGUCCAUGUGUUUGGAGGAGAUCCAAGUUUCAUUGCUGCUCUGUCUGUUCUGGAUCUGGAAAACCCAGAAGCUAAUGGACAGAUCUAUAGUGAGUGGGCUUCAUCUGUCAGAGACUUCCCUGAUAUCAUCGACCAGAAGCUGGAACCUUUGUAUGAGCUUGUGAAGGAGGUGCAGUGUGCAGGUUUGAAGAAGCUGCACCUGAAAAGGGCCACAGAGGAGUACCUGGCGGAGGAGCAUCCCUGUCACUGCCAGCCCUGCCAGAACAACGGCCAGCCACUGCUCACGGGCACUGAGUGUCGUUGCGUUUGCCGCCCUGGAACCUCAGGACCGGCCUGCGAGACCGGAGCUGUGAUUGGAGAACAACAAGGGGUAAUCCACGGCAGCUGGAGCUGUUGGUCUUCAUGGGGAUCUUGCUCUGAAGGAAAAAGAAAAAGGACCCGAAGCUGCAACAACCCUGCACCAAGAAGAGGCGGCAACUACUGCAUUGGGCUGCAGGAGGAGCAGAAACCUUGUGAGGAGCCAGAGCUUGAGUACUUAAAGAUGAUGGAGCCUCAGUGUUUCAGUAUUUCUGUAACUCCACCGAAAACCUGUGGACUUCCUCCCAACCUAAAGAAUGGUUAUAUUCAGAAUCCCAGAGAUUUUUACCUGGUUGGACACAAUGUGGAGUACUCCUGCAUAGGGGGGUAUUACCUCCAUGGAAACUCUUUAGCCACAUGCAAUGACAACCAGAGGUGGAGCAUGGGAUCCAUGGUUUGUAGAAGUUCCACUUGUGGGAUUCCUCAAGUCAGCAGUUUAGUUAAGGCCAUGCCCUUCAAGGAAGAAUACGGAAUUGGUGAAAGUGUGUCCCUGUCCUGUCCUGCUGGGUUCGUGCUGGAUAGUGAUGUGUCCGAGAUUAUGUGCACUCCCAGUCUGCAAUGGUCUCCUUUUCCUGAUUACAUCCAGUGUGAACCAGCUCCCACAGUUCCCUCUCUUCUUGGUGGCCUAAGGUGUAAACUGUGGGAGAGUAUGGGAAAACGAGGGUGUACUUGCAAAAAUGCAAAUGAGUGUGGGACUUCUCUGCCGUUGUGUGCCAGGAUUGGCCAAAGACCCCUUUUAUUGGAUGUUUGUAAGAUUGGAGCUCUGCAGUGUAGAGGACGGAGCGUUGCAGUGGCUAAUGACAGUGACUGUAACUGGCCAGAGGACACAUUUAAAUCCUGUGAGAACUGCAAGCCAGGGACAGUCUGCCAAGGAGGAAAAUGCAUCUGCCAGAACACAUCAGAAUGUCCUAAAGACUCCACCCCCCUUUGCGUCAGUUCCAUUGAUGGUGGUACCACUGCUACCAUGACAGAAUGUGAGGUGGGGGCCAGGCGGUGUGCUGGUGAACACCUCAAUGUCAUCAGCAUAGAGGCUUGUUCUGAAUAACGAAGAAUAUUUAAUGUCUGUUUAAUGUCGGUUUCACAAUAAAUAGGUUUGCGGUUACGUUUUUCUUUUCUAACACUUCAUAUUUAUCACUGUGAUACUGGACACCUAGAAUAAGCUGCUUUGUUAUUAACUGUUUUGUCAUUAAAAAAAUAAUUUAAAUGUU